AUGGCCGACAGUGGCAAGUCACCGACAGACAUCAUCACCUAUAUCGGUGUGCCAUUGGCGGUGCUGGGAGUUCUCCCUAUUCUCUACAAUACGUUCGCAACCCUCGCGUCUCUCUCACGUAUAAAGCGCAUGCUCCGGCGAAGUCGCCUGACUGCACUGACACGUAGCGAUGUUGUGAAUCGCGUCAUCGAAAUCGAGUUGCCGCGAUAUGCCGUCAUGCCCUUGGACAGGUUUCAGAACAGAUCAGAGUACUGGACCCUGUCGCGCCACCCCAGCUCGAUUCCUGGCGGCAGCUGGACAACUUUUAACUGGAAGACGAAUGCUAUCGGGAUGAAGACUCAGCGCGUCGAGUAUGCCGAUCAGGUGCGCCAGCCCCAGGUCGAGGCCGCGUUUGACGAGCUGGUUUCCUAUCUUCUGGAUCUCGGAGCUGUCCCAGAUCCCCAUGGCUGGAAAUUACUGAGAUCCACGGGACUGUGGGCUCCUGUGGGCUGCUCUUUGAUGAACUCGCCUGAUGGGAGAGAAAAGGCUCUUUACCUUGCCCCGCUGGACGACUCAGACGGACAUCUAUCACUUGCUGUGGCAUGGUCCAGCUCCUGGAUUACUCGCGAUCACGCCCAUCUCCCGCCAUACUGGGUUCGCUUACCAGCAUUGGCUGGCAAAUCAAGCGAACUGACGCCCUCUAACGAGAAGAAGGACGAGAAGAAGGACGAGAAGAAGGCACCGGACGCUGAUGAGGACCAGAUCCAGAGCGGCAGCGCUAGCGUAGCAGCAAGCAACGACGAUGCGAACUCCAUCGAGCAUCAAGUUCACACAAACAUGAAAAACGACAUCACUUGCGAGAUAUCCUUGUCCGGGCUUGUCACAGCCCUGGUAGAAGGAGGUUUUCACAGCAACAGCACGCCUGAGAGCCUCUACAUCGAACAUCUCCGCAUACAUCAGACAAUCCUGUGGAACUACAAGAUCCCGGAUGACAUCCUGUCGUUUUCUAGAAAAGAAACGGUGCCGUGUGGCGUCCUGGUAUUGCUCGGCAUGGUGGAUGAGUCGGAGACACCCGAGUGGGCUACCAAGCAUCAUGACUACGGCGCUUCUCUCGAUUUGUUCACACAAAGAACCAGAGAAUCGCGCCAAGCCAUGGAGGCGGAGGCCAGAAUGGCCCCAGCUCAGCGUGAACAGGCUGUCAGAGACAGGAUGCGCAGAGAAUCAGAGCAGCGAAUGCAGGACAUGCGAGAUCAAAUGAGAACCCAACACCAGCAGCGUGACCAGCGGGCGAUGGAAGCUCUGCAAAGUCCGAAAUGGGACACAAAACUCGUUGCCGAUUAUUGUUUAACAUGGCUGAAAGCUCGAAAUAUCUGGGACGAAUCCUUGUCGGUAAAAGAAGUUGUUGGUUUCAUGUUGCAUCGCAUGGUUCGCGACGGAGAAUUCACGUCGACUAUCUGCAAGAUGCUGGACACUUGGAAGGCGUGGGCGGACAUGGGAGGCAUGAGAAAGUCGGACUACCAGACCAUUCAAGAGAACCAAUCGACAUUUGCUGAGGCAACGUUGUUAAUUGCUUUGAUCAAAGACACGUCUGAUGCGUUGGAGGGGACGCUGGCCAUGGAUUUGCAGGAAUGUUUACGAAUGUGGCACAAAGUGCGGCUUGGAUAG